AGAUGUACACGUAGGUGAUAAAGUAUUAAUAAAAGAACAGCAUAAAAAAAUACAUUAUGUCUUAAUUGGUCAGGGCCGUACGAGGUUAUAAUGGUUCAUGAUAAUGAAAACAUAACCGUUAAGAAAGGCCGGCGUGAUUAUCGCAUACACAUAAACAAUAUUAAACCGUCAAUGAAUGACCAUAUAUAUAUAUAUAUUAUAUAUACAUGUAAUUCCGAAAUAUACAUAUAUAUAGAUAGCCAUAAAAAUUAAUCAGUAGUUACGAUCAUUGUUAUUAUUUUGUUUUAUUAUUAUCAACAUUAUUAUUAUUUUACUAAGUAAAUGUGGUAUUUUUUUUGUGUUUUAGGGACAACAGUCACAAAUUAUUGUUAUUGAUUUCGAGUUCACCGUGUUAGAAAAUAACAAACACGUAUUAAUCUGCGGAGCGUUAUCUAAUAGUUUGGACCGAUUUAAAGUAAUAAAAUUGGAAGGACCUCCACUACUUUUAACGGACUCAUCCGUUAGACCAAUCAAUGAGAAGGAGCAAACGUGUUAUACGAUUCCACGACGAAAAAUUACCACAUCAACCCGGGUUAUAUUACGAGAACCACGGAACAGUAAAUAUUGCGACAUCUAAGUGGGAUUUAACGGCAUUUGUCGAUCUUAAAAAAUACAAUGAUCAAUGGGAUAUGAGAAAUAUGACAACCUCAUUGACGAGCUUGGACGUGAACUGGCUUCAAAAUUUGUCUCUGCAAUCCACAGAUAUAUCAGCCGUGUCAUUGUGCCGCGUGGAGUUGGCGGAGUUUCAGAGUGUUUGCGAGAAUUGGACACGCUUAUUGAGCGAUACCCUUCCAAUCACUUCUAUAUCAUUGCCGAACAUGGAGACCACGUCCACGUCAGUCAAGUCUGCGGCUACUUGAGAGGAUCUUGUAGGUGCUCCUUCCUCGUAUAGAUAACAUUUUAACUAACGAUUCAAUCAUUAAAACAAAAAACCAUAUAAGACCAAUAGAAUAUAGGACGGAUAUAUAAAUAUGUAAUAAAUGUAAUGUCAAAUUUUAUAAUUUUAGGUAAUAGCUUAAGUAUUUUAACCACAAAAAUACAUAUAUAAACAUGUAAUAAUUAUAAUAAUUAAAUUAUAUAAAUGUAACAAAAUACGUAUAUUAACCACACAUAUAUGACCGCCAUGUACUAACACUAGACUGAGAAGAAAAUGUAAAACAAAAGAAACUAUAUACUUAUAUAAAAAAAAAAAAAAUGUACUAAUAUCUAACUACUAUUAUAUUACUAACCAAAUGUAUCACUAUUUUAUAACCAAUGUAUCACUAUU